AUUUGAUAUCGCGUGCUAUUUUGCUGAGGAUUGUUCAUUCUCCCAAAUUAACCAGAGUUUGGUGUAUUCACUCAGAAGUACCAUCAACGGAGUGAAACAUUUAAAUCCAUAUAGUAACACUCUUGUGGAAAUAGUGGAACGAUCAGUGUAUAUAUGUAUUGCUUGGUUGGUGACGCCAUUUUGUGAAGAAAUACACGGCUGUCAACGCACUAACAGCAGCUGUGUUCACUAUUCAACUUUUUCUGUUUUGAAGUCGAUCAAGUGCACGGGUAUCAGUUCUUGUGUCGCCGAGUUACAGACGAAGUCCAGCAGGCCCAACGUCUUUGCAGGCUGCAAAGGAAAAAGAAUAAUAUUAUAUUGUAAUAGAUUCUAUUGAUAGACUUGGCUGAUAAGUAGAGUACUAAGAGUUAUCCCGAUGUGAAGACUGAGUGAAAUGCGUGUAUUCAGUUACAGAGCUAACUUCAAGCACCUAUCAGUGGCAUCGUUGUUGUUUGCACUUGUAAUACUUGUUUUAUAUUCCAAAUGUAACAAUGAAAGGCCACAAUCCAUGGAUAGUUUCCCGCUUAUUAGCCAUGACCAUGACCCUGGAGGGCGUCGGCUAGAAGACAGCGGUGGUGGACAUGAACUCUCGCUAAAUAACCAAAAUGGUGGGAGUAUUUUACGCUACCAACCGAUUGAGUGUGUAAUCAAUAGUGACUAUACCAUCGAAGGACGCAGGGAAGGUGCUGAAGUGUUUUUGCCGUUUUCUUUUAUCGAGAAAUAUUUUGAAGUUUAUGGGAAAAUUGCUGAGUAUGAUGGAUAUGAACGAUUUGAAUGGCAGCAUAGCUAUUCUAAAAUCUAUUAUCCAAAAGAACAGUAUAAACCAGAUGGUAUCUUUAUGUCAUUUGAUCAUUACAACGUUGAACUGAGAGACAGAGUCAAGUGUAUAAGCGGAAUAGAAGGUGUUCCUAUCUCCACACAGUGGGGUCCUCAAGGGUACUUCUAUCCAAUUCAGAUUGCUCAAUUUGGACUGAGUCACUACAGUAAAAAUUUAACAGAACAGGAGCCAAGAGUUAUUGUGUAUGAAAAUGGUGAGAAUACUGCCAUGCCAGGAUGGUUGCUAGGUAAUACAAAAAGCCAUGUUGAAAAUGUAUUAGAUGAAGAAAAAGGAAGUCGAGUUAUAGAAUUUAUUACAGAUACAGGAAGUCCUUCGGUAACUUUGAAUUUGAAAAAUUCAGAAGAUUUUGAGCUGUCCUUUGAUUUUAAAUGUUUUGAUAACUGCACAAUAUUGGUUAUCUUGGACACUAGUGAUAAAGACAAGUAUUUUCAUAUUCAUUACACGACAAGCAGAGAAGCGAUCAGUCGUAGAGGAACGCAUAUUUAUUAUGGGCUGGGCAGCUGCAGAUCAUGGAGAACGUUUACCAGAGAUUUGCUAAACGAUUUGAGAAAGGGUGUUGGGCAAACAAAUGGCAAGUCGGUGAAGAAAGCCAAAGUGAGUCUACGAAGCAUCGUGAAGCUGUCUGUACAAGGAUUUGGCCGAAUUGACAAUGUUAAGCUUUCAACCACGGCACACAUGGCUCAUUUUUAUGACGCAGCUAAUUGGCUGUUGAAUAACCAGGACAAGAAAGGAGGUUGGCCCAUUUGGAUCACACGUAUUUUAAUUGAUGAGAUGGGUGAACUGCCUCCAGGGUGGUACUCGGCAAUGGCGCAGGGCCAUGCCAUGUCUGUACUUGUACGUGCAUAUCGUAAAUCUGGAAAACCAGAAUACCUCAAAGCAGCAUUAAAAGCAACGUAUCCUUUUAAUAAACUUUCAUCUCAAGGUGGAGUUAAAGCAGUAUUUUUAGAUAAGUACCCUUGGUAUGAGGAAUAUCCCACCAAUCCAAGUUCGUUUGUUUUAAACGGUUUUAUCUACAGCCUGAUUGGUCUAUAUGAUCUGAUGAUGACUGCAUCAGAUGAAGACAGAGUAGAAGCCGAACGAUUGUACCGCGAAGGAUUGACAUCGUUAAAAGCAUUACUGCCACUCUACGACACUGGCUCAGGGACUGUUUAUGAUCUGCGGCAUAUCACAACAGGUGUCGCGCCUAAGCUUGCUAGAUGGGACUACCAUACCACACAUAUCAGCCAGCUGCAAUUGUUAAGCAGUAUAGAAAAAAACUCUUUAUUUCAAAACACUCUUGAAAGAUGGAUCGAGUACAUGAAAGGCAAGAGAGCCAAGCAUAAUUAAAAAAAUUACAUUCAUUUAUGUUUUCUAGGUGUAGCGCUCUCUAGUGGUUGGGCAUGGAGAAACUUUUGUUUUUAUGGGUUCAUUGCUAUAUUCGUUUUCAGUGGUGUAUAUUUCAUGGUUAUUUUAUGCUAUUCAGUACAAAGUCACAUUUUUGGUGCAAAACAUGUAGAUAUUGUAAAAGUUAUUUUUGUUUGUUUGCUUCUACACUUCUGACAACAUAUCUCUAUUUAACUCAUCACAUGAUGAAUGUGGUUACGACAUCAGUAGGCAAGGUGUUAAGACAACAUAGAGGUGAGUUGACUAUUAUAAUCGAAUCGAUUGAAUGAAAAAUGAAACAAAUUUUUUCUCUGUAGUGAGCGUAAUUAAUGAUCUAUUUUGACCUUUCACUUUUCACAAAAUAUGCCUGCGUCAUUUUUCCAAUAUUUUUUUUUU